GAUCUCUUUCUCAUGAUGACGACCACAUCUCCCUGGAUUCUUGAAUGGCUCGUCUUUAUCUUCGUAAGUCUUGGGCCGUUAUUUGGUACUUACAAGUUACUACUGAUUUUUCCUUUCUCUUUCCAUACAUUGUUUUUCCGCUAUUAAAGCAUUGAGUGGCUCGCCGCUUGAUCAUAUUUUGAGCCUUGCAAGGGGUUUCCCUCGGAUCUCCUAAUAAACUGUGCAUUCAGUUUCCGCUUUCUACUAAGGCCCUUGUGCGAUCUUGGCCCUUCCCCAUCAUGUGCCCAAAAGAAAAUCUUCAAGUCUUAGGCAAACCAUUGUCUCGGGAUCUUCAACUGAUGAUUUAUACAGUCUAUAUUAUACUGCACCGUCAUAUGGUCACCAUACCUACCGUAAGAUGCAACAAACACUGCACAGGUGCUGUCAGAAGAUGCUUAAAACAGACACGAAAGCUUGGACCAGACCUGACGGUGAACUAUUCAGGUUCUUGCUUGAAAUUUCUGAUUCAGUGCGCAUUCAUGCUAUCGGUCCUCCUAACCGACGACCUUCCCUAUCGACAUCCACUGCUGAAAGGAUUACUAAGGAAUUCACCAACAUAUCUGCGAUCAUUGGGCUCUUUGCUGAUUGGUGUCACCGUUAUCGGGGUUUGGUAUACCUUUUCUUGGGUUAUUUUCCUUUGUCUGCCUAUCAUUAUGGUUCUCGCUACUCGAGGAAAGGUUUCUCCAGAUACUAUAAUAUCCGCUGUUCACGAUGUGCAAACUGCCAAUACUGUAGCCUAAACAUUUUGGUGAUCGAUCUUGGAAGUUAUUGAAUUCAGAUUGAAACUCAAAGUACGGAGGAUUGAAUCCUACUAUGGAUGUAUUUUUGGAUGGUUAGAUGACCGACGGAGAAUGCAAGACCCGUAUAUAUCAUAAUCCAUGCUUUACCUGAUCUCCAAAUUUCUCUGAGCUCUACACCAU